UCUCCACGAAAGCGGAAGGCAGAAGAAGUGUGAAGAGAGAGAGAGAGAGAGAGAUGGCUGGGACGGGGGAAACCGACCCAACGCUUCAUCAAGACGGCGGAGCAGCCGCCGCCGCCUCAUCAGAUCCUCCGCAGAAGGCAGAGCUGGACGCCGGAGCGCUUUUCGUUCUCGAAUCCAAAGGUUCGUGGGUGCAUUGCGGGUAUCACUUGACGACCUCAAUCGUGGCGCCGCCGCUGCUGAGCCUGCCGUUCGCGCUCACACUGCUGGGCUGGGCCGGCGGGAUCGUGAGCCUGGUGGUGGCAGCGCUGGUCACUUUCUACUCCUACAACUUGCUGUCCUUGGUCCUCGAGCACCAGGCCGCAAUGGGCCGCCGCCAGCUCCGCUUCAGAGACAUGGCCAACCAAAUCCUCGGUCCAAGAUGGGGCCGUUACUAUGUCGGCCCAGUUCAGUUCAUGGUUUGCUAUGGCGCUGUUGUUGCCUGUAUUCUUCUUGGAGGUCAAUGCAUGAAGGCAAUUUACGUGCUGUCAAAGCCGGACGGCACACUAAAGCUCUACGUAUUCGUAACGAUCUUCGGUUGCUUCAUGCUGAUACUCGCACAAAUCCCGUCGUUCCACUCCCUCCGCCACAUCAACUUGGUCUCCUUGCUCCUCUGCCUCGCCUACAGCGCCUGCGCCACCGCCGCCGCCGUCCACAUCGGAAGCUCCUCCUCCUCCUCCUCGUCGCAGCCGAAGGAAUAUUCCCUCCCGGGAGACAGCACGCAAGACAGGCUGUUCGGGAUCUUCAACGCCAUCGCCAUCAUCGGCACCACCUACGGCAACGGCAUCAUCCCGGAGAUUCAGGCCACCGUGGCGGCGCCCGUCAAGGGCAAGAUGUUCAAAGGGCUAUGCAUAUGCUACGCAGUCAUUUUGGCGACGUUCUUCAGCGUCGGUGUCUCGGGGUAUUGGGCUUUCGGUAACCGGGCCGAUGGGCUCGUGCUCAGCAACUUCGUGGACAAUGGCAGGCCUCUCGUCCCCAAAUGGUUUGUCCUGAUGACCAACGUCUUCACCAUUCUUCAGCUAUCCGCCGUGGCCGUGGUAUAUUUGCAGCCAACAAAUGAGGUGUUGGAAGGAACCUUCGCUGAUCCGAGGAGCAAACAGUUCUCGGUGCGAAACGUCGUCCCGAGGGUGGUGUCGAGGUCUCUAUCGGUCGUCGUUGCAACUGUCGUAGCUGCAAUGCUGCCCUUCUUCGGAGAUAUCAACGCCCUGAUUGGAGCUUUUGGUUUCAUCCCUCUGGACUUCAUCCUGCCCGUUGUUUUCUAUAACCUAACGUUUAAGCCUUCCAAAAGGAGCAUUGUUUUCUGGCUCAACUCUACCAUUGCCAUCGUUUUCUCGGCGAUAGGAGCGAUUUCCGCUGUUGCCGCCGUCAGGCAGAUGAGCCUCGACGCCAAGACUUAUCGGCUGUUUGCUAAUGUAUGAAGGCAAUUUACUAUAACAUAUUCGUACGCGGAGAAUAGAAGGUGAAACACAAAACAAUCAAUCUUUUGUAUAUACAUCUUGAGCCGUACGUACCAUAACAAAGUAUUAUAUGGUGUAAAUCUACAUUUGUUAUACCUUCCUGAAAUAGGAAUAUAUAGUAUGACAAGCGUUAUAUAUAUAAUAAUAGCCGACGUAU